AUGUAUAUUGGACUUCGAUUACCUAAGCGACCCAGGCGUCCAGUAAAGAAAUCUCGCUCGAAGAAACAAAGUGAAAAGACGUCCAGCUCUAACGGUACCAUUCCUGCACCAGUCUAUUUGUCGCCAUCGGAACAGAUUCAGAAUUUGCUAGUGGAAGUCGAUGAUGAGGAACAUUUUUAUCAUGAUGUUUUCUGUCAAAUGGACAUGUUGCACAACAACAACGGUGAAUACGAGUGGAGAGAAGCGGCCAGAUGGGUCAAGUAUGAAGAAGAUGUCGAGGAAGGUGGUGAACGCUGGUCAAAACCUCACGUUGCCUCAUUGUCUUUGCACUCUCUCUUUGAGCUUCGAAGCAGUCUCCUGUCCGGUGCAGUCAUGUUGGACAUGGACGCCCACAACAUGGCUCAAGCCAUAGAUUUGUUAUUGGACAACCUUGUCAAUGCGAAACUUCUGGAAGAAAGCAUGAAAGACACAAUUCGUUGUAUGAUUGUCCGUCCUCAUUUCCAUCAACACAUGAAGCGAAAGAAGAGUUUUGCUCCGACAGACGAUCAGCAAAAAUUCCGGAAGUCCAUGAAACGGACUUUUUCUGAAAUCGGUCGGCAGUUCUCAGGAAGCUUUCGACAGGGACCAUCCAACGCAAACCUGCUGAAUUCAAAAACAGAAAGUUUCUUGAGGGGAAAUAACAGUAGCCCAAAUAUCGAAAUGCUAAAUGGUGCCCUUCCAGAAUCACCUUCUUUGUACAAAUUAAAUGAGCAGUUUAUGCGGAAACUGCCUAGUGGUUCCGAAGUCGCCAACAUUCUGGUCGGUGAAGUAGAGACUCUCAAGUACCAGGUCACUGCAUUCAUCAGAUUAACAGUGGCCAAGCUAAUGGACAUGGCUGAAGUACCUCUGCCCACACGAUUCAUUUUCCUCUGCUUGGGACCCCCGGGGAGUCAAAGCAAACUCUACGAGAUCGGACGCUCCAUUUCUACAAUUAUGGUUGAUGAGGUAUUUGGUGAAGUCGCUUACAAGGCCAGAGGAAGGCAAGACCUUUUGGCAGAAUGGGAUCCAAAUAUCAGAAUCGAACCUCCGGCUGCUGUGCCCUCUCAGGGUGCUCGAAAAUCAAUCAAGCCUCCAAAUGAAGCCAACAAAGAAGAAGAAGAAGAAGAGGCUUCUCACUGCGAUCCAACUUUGGUGAGAACUGGAAGGUUGUUUGGUGGAUUGGUUGCAGACAUACGGAGAAAGGCCCAGUGGUACGCCAGUGAUUUCAAAGAUGCUCUCCAUUUGCAAUGCGUGGCCAGUAUUGUGUUUCUCUAUUUAGCCACGUUAACGCCAAACGUUACUUUCGGUGGUUUACUGGGCCAAGCCACUGACCAAUAUAUGGGUACAAUGGAAUGCAUACUGACAGCGGCUAUCACGGGCGUACUUUUUGCUUUGUUUUCUGGACAGCCGCUCAAUAUUCUCGGUAGUACGGGCCCAAUGCUGGUGCUGGAAAUGAUUCUCUACACUGUCUGCAGGGAUAAAGGUUUCGACUUCCUUCCGAUGAGAUGUUGGAUUGGUAUCUGGACGACGGUUCUACUACUAAUAGUUGUCAUGUUCGACCUCAGCGCUCUGGUUCGUUAUAUAACGCGUUUCACCGAGGAGAGCUUCGCGUCCCUGAUCGCUAUCAUCUUCAUCGUGGAAGCCUUCAAGAAAACAGUCGGAAUCAUCGACAAGUACCCCGUCCACACGCAAGUGCCCCCUGAUCACUCGUUCUCCUGCGAGUGCCUGCCCGCUAACUACAGUCAGGAUAACGGCAAAUUGUUCGAUGUGAAUAUCACUUCGAGCAAUUACACUCAGUCAACGCUUGCCACUGUCAAUUACAGCUACUCUAACAGCACCGAACUUCUGUCUCUCAGCAACUGUCUUGAGAUGGGAGGACAACUUGUUGGUCCGGAUUGCAAAUAUGCGCCCGAUGUUUUCUUUUUGUCGAUUCUGCUAUUCUUGGGGACUUUUACUGUGGCUAACGGCUUACAAUCCUUCAAAACGAGUCGCUUUUUCCCAACCUGGGUGCGUCAAAAUCUGAGUGAUUUCUCCGUCCUAAUCUCCAUAAUUAUUAUGGUCGGAAUAGACGUCCUUCUGGGCAUCCCUACGCCAAAGUUGAAUGUUCCUAAGGAAUUCAAGCCGACAAGACCAAACCGCGAAUGGUUCAUCAAUCCACUGAGUGACAAGAAUCCAUGGUGGGUUAUUCCAGCUUCGAUUAUUCCUGCCUUGCUCGCUGUUAUCCUUAUUUUCAUGGAUCAACAAAUCACGGCCGUCAUCGUUAACCGCAAGGAAAACAAACUGAAGAAAGGAAGCGGUUAUCAUCUGGAUAUGUUUGUGGUGGCGAUUUGCAUUCUCAUUUGCUCCUUGCUUGGAUUGCCUUGGUAUGUCGCCGCUACGGUUUCUGCCCUUGCCCACGUUAUGAGUCUUAAAAAAGAAUCCGAGUGCACGGCUCCAGGGGAAAGAGCAGCCUUCUUAGGAGUGAGGGAACAACGUCUUACUGCUUUGAUGGUUGGACUACUGAGUGGUCUGUCUGUGCUUUUUACUUCCGUAUUGAGUGUUAUACCAAUGCCCGUUUUGUACGGUGUAUUUCUUUACAUGGGUGUUGCCGCUCUUAAAGGAAUGCAACUGGUUGACCGUGUGCUGCUAGUUUUUAUGCCGUCCAAAUAUCAACCGGACCACAUGUACCUGCGCCACGUACCAAUCAAGAGGGUUCACCUCUUCACAUUAAUGCAAAUUGUCUGUUUAGUUGUUUUGUGGGUGAUUAAAACAAUUAAAUCCGUAUCGAUUGUAUUUCCGAUUAUGGUGCUAGCGACUUGCUUCGUUCGGAAAGCCAUGGAUCGUGUUUUCACCCAAAGAGAGUUGAAAUGGCUUGACGAUAUCAUGCCUGAAGCGACGACACGAGAAAAGGAAGAUAGAGAGAAACGAAAAAACGGUUUAGACGAAGAAGAGGGUGACAGCCUCCUAGAACCAGAAGAAUAUGAGAAAUUAAUGGAAGUGAAGAUACAACAUGAGAAACAAGCCGAAAAAUAUGGUGGCCAUUUGUCUAAUUUUGACUUGGAUCGGGUCAAUAUUUCCGAAGAGGUCAACAAAACAGCAAUUUGGCUUCAAGUAAUCAAAGAUGGAGAGAAUCCUACAAUUAAUUCAGAAAAUUCACGUUCAUCUCGACGUCGAAAGAGUGACCGAUCGAGUUCCAAGUCGGAAAGACGAUCAAAAGAUAAACAUAGAAAGGACUACGAGAAAAACGAAUGUGAAGAACUCGCCAAAGAUACCAGUGGUGCCAACACAGAAAAGAAUGAAGAUUCUCACGAAGAGAGAACUGUAGACUUUUAUAUUCAAGGAGAGGAUGACCCGGACCGGGAGAGCAGAAUAUAA